AUGACGACUUACGUCCAUCAAACAGAUGCCCAGGGCCUGCGCACAGACAGCGGUAGCUUCCUCGGUGCCAGCGAGCGCGCCCGGGAGCUGCAGGGAUCCUACGCCGCGUCUAUGCAGCAGGCGCAGGCGCUGCUGGCGAUGUGGAAGCCCGCAUUGAGGGGCUCCUGCAAGGGCGCCUCGGCGUCCCUCUGCGGGUCGGGCAAUUUUGACAGUGAGCAGGCGCGUGACGCGCUGCUGCUGGCGACGUCGCCGAUGGCGUUCGACAGCCGGGACGCUCACGGGCAAGCCAACGCGCAGAGCAUCAUCUCGCCGCCGGGCGAUCAGGGCGACUGCAGCGCGUGCGUCUCCUUUGCGGUAACUGCCGCGGCGGAGGCCGCGAUCGGCAGCGCGCUGCGUGACGCGGGCACAAGCGGCGGCGUGCCGCGGCUGUCGCCGCUCGACUUGUUCUUCUGCGGUGCUGUCAGCGACGCGGACUGCCAGAGCGGCUGGACUUUCGUCGGCGCGCUCGUGGAGCUGCGCACGCGCAAGCAGCUCAAGUCCGCCGAGUGCCUCCCCUUUGACAACGUCCAGGGCGUCCCGUUCCAGGGCGUGAUCACGCGCAUGGACGUCCCUAGGGGCUUCAGGGCGUGGUUCCAGGGCGCCAACAGGACCAAGGUCUAUGACGAUGGGGGCGCGCCCGCCGACCCCAGCAAAAGCAUGCCCCAUGCAGUAUUCGUGGUUGGUUACAACAACAUGGAGCGCUGUUGGAUCAUCAAGAACAGGGCUGAUGGCGGGUUUGCAAAGGUGCGGUACGGCACCAUGAACAUGUUUGACCCCCUCGAGACGUACGGGGUCACGUGGGCGCCCGCGUCGAAGGACCUGCUGCCGCGUGCCCCAGUGAUCUACCCGCUGCAAGAGGCCGGCUGCUACUCCUACGCGGGGGCUCCUACUGCGGGUCUGCAACUUGAAAAAUUUCGUGCCCACAACCGGCGGCGGCGCGACCGCGCCGGCAGUGCGGCAGCAGACCAAGCCGCUCCCGCCGCCACCGCCGCCGCCUGCGCCGCGGCCAAAGCCUCGCUCGCCGCUGCUGCCGCCGCCGCCGCCGCCGCCGCCGCCGCCGCCGCCGCCGCCGCCGCCAAGGGGCCGGUCGGCGCCGCCGCUGUCGUUUGA